GCAGAGGAGCCUGUCAGCUGCAGAGCGACUCAAGCAGACAGUGCAGCUUGUUUUGAGCUAAACCCAAAUUAACCACAAACUUCCGCAGAUUUGUUUUGACAAACGUCAGUGAACGAGGCUGGCUGUACGAGCCAAACAUGCAGAAAUAUGAAAAGCUUGAAAAGAUCGGAGAGGGUACUUAUGGAACAGUGUUCAAAGCUAAAAAUAGGGAAACGCAUGAGAUCGUGGCUUUGAAACGAGUCCGAUUAGACGACGAUGAUGAGGGGGUGCCCAGCUCAGCACUCAGAGAGAUCUGCCUGUUGAAAGAGUUAAAACAUAAAAACAUUGUUAGGCUACAUGAUGUUUUGCACAGUGACAAGAAAUUAACUUUGGUUUUUGAAUAUUGUGACCAGGAUUUGAAGAAGUAUUUUGACAGUUGCAAUGGAGAUUUAGAUCCUGAAACUGUAAAGUCGUUCAUGUAUCAGUUGUUGAAGGGCCUUGCGUUCUGUCACAGCCGAAACGUGUUGCACCGAGACCUGAAGCCACAGAAUCUGCUCAUCAACAGAAACGGAGAGCUGAAACUGGCAGACUUUGGCUUGGCCCGAGCUUUUGGCAUUCCUGUCAGGUGUUAUUCCGCAGAGGUGGUGACUCUGUGGUACCGGCCCCCAGACGUGCUCUUUGGUGCUAAGCUCUACUCUACCUCAAUCGACAUGUGGUCUGCUGGCUGUAUAUUUGCAGAGCUGGCUAACGCAGGGCGCCCCCUCUUCCCUGGCAACGAUGUGGACGAUCAACUCAAGAGAAUCUUCAGGUUGUUGGGAACACCGACUGAGGAGCAGUGGCCCACAAUGACCAAACUCCCAGACUACAAGCCAUAUCCAAUGUAUCCAGCCACCACCUCUUUGGUCAACGUGGUCCCAAAACUAAGUAGCACAGGGCGGGAUUUACUCCAGAACCUACUGAAAUGUAACCCAGUGCAGAGGAUCUCGGCGGAGGAGGCCUUACAGCACCCGUACUUCGCAGACUUCUGUCCCCCAUAAGGAACCACCACGGUCCCAUCAACCAAUCCUCUUUCUCCAUUCAGUCUUCAGCAGUUUUAAUGACACUCCAUCACUCACUCUGGUCGUGCCUCAGCGUGGAACAAAAUCACAACAGCUUUUAACUUAUUUAUGCCGGUACAAACUUCUCACCAUCAGUACACAGGAGCUUAAGUGUUACAAUAAAUCACAUUUAUAUGUCUGAAGUAUAUUUAAUUUAAUUUUUUUUUUUUUUGCAAUAGGGACAUACAUUUUUAUUUCAGUUACUGUGUUUUUAAAAUUACAUUAUAAUUCUAGGAGCCAUGAACAUUUGAAAAUACAUACAGUUGUCUCUUAUCAUAAAUGUCUGGGCAGCUAAAGAGUGCUAUUGUUUGGCAAUAAUUAAAUCAGUUUUAGAACAAAAUAUUGAAUUAUUUUAAACAUCAAAAUUAAUCAAAAUACAUGAUUCAUAAAUAAUUAUAGUCGUUAUGCCACUACCCCUUGAAAGAGUUGUAAAAUGGCAUGGAGAAUAAUUCUUUUCUCAGGCUAUUUUUGUGUUUUUGUGCACUUUUGUUUUGUUUUGUUAAAGGUGCGCUGCGUAACAUUUCUAGCGGAGGGUCUGCCACUUGAUGUCUCCAUGGAGAUGCUAUUGCUUUGACAAGAAUGUUCCACAGUUUAGAUUAAACUAUAAAAUUAGAUCUGCGGAGAGUCGCCCCUUUUCACAGAAGGAAUUAUUGUAUUUUUGAGCAAUAGAAACACUCUUAAUGAAGAAAUACUAGAUGGAUAUAUUUAAUUUCAUACCAUGGAACAUCCAGGAUAAGCAAUAUAAUCUCCAUGGAGACAAGUAGGUGGCAGAUCCAUCACCAGAAAAGUUCCGCAGCGCACCUUUAAGUAUAAGUUGACAUUGACAGCCAGCGAAAAUCUGGUUAUGACUUAAUGGGCCAAUAUAACUAGAUGUGGACCAGUAAGACACUUUGCUUUGUAUUUGAGAAUUUUGGUAGCGCUUUUGUAUCAUUUUACUCUAGAGACCAGGGUUUUACAUGACGGUUUUGCAUUGUUGGCAGUUUUAAAUAUUGAAAUUUAUUGUUUGGCUUCAGGGACUAGUUUCACAAAGGUAAACAAAACUAGAGACUGUUUAAAUGUCAUACGUGUGUUCAGUUGCUUCUUAACACUGCUUACUACCAUGCUGUUUUUGAAUAUUAUAAAAAGGAAAACGGGGUUUGCUAUCAGACUAAUGCAAAAUCUAAACAUGUAUGAAACAAGUAUGAAAAUGUAUUUAAUAAUUUCCAGAUUUGUCGAUUGCCUUUGUGAACCUAACCCCAAACACAAUGCUACACUACUUUACCUUUGGUGUUUUUAAGUAGGCUUAUUCAUAAACAUUUCAGAUAUUUGCUGAUAUAGAGCCAGAUAGCGAGUGCAUGUAUUUAUUAAUGAAGAAAUGACUGCUCAGUUUGUUCUUUUCAGCGUAGAAUCAUGUCAUUUAGUGGUUUUUUUGGUUUUCUGACAAAAUCCUGUAAGGCGAUUUUAUACAAUUGAAUGAACAGUGGGUUUUGCACUUUGCUAGAACAUUUAGCUUUUGAUGGUAGAACUUGGAACAAAUGUUGUCAUUGCUAUUUUGUGCAUAAAUCAGCCAAUAAGAUUCAGUAUUCAGUAAAGACAAUAUAAAAAUACUUUGCACUUUC